AAAUUUUUAUGCUUGUUGUGCUUGAGUGGUUUUGGUUAGCAGGGUUCUCUUUUCCGGUUUAUCGUCUUUCUUUCCUUUCCGAAAUUCGUCGAGAGUAAGUCGACAUGAGUUCCCUAAAGUUGCAGAAAAGGCUUGCAGCCUCUGUUAUGCGAUGUGGCAAGAAAAAGGUUUGGUUGGAUCCUAAUGAAAUUAAUGAAAUCGCUAACACCAAUUCUCGUCAAAAUAUCCGGAAAUUGAUUAAGGAUGGUUUGAUUAUUAAAAAGCCCGUUGUUGUUCACUCGCGGUACCGUGUUCGUAAAAACACAGAAGCUCGUCGCAAAGGCCGCCACUGUGGAUUUGGUAAGCGCAAGGGUACUGCGAAUGCUCGCAUGCCCACUAAGUUGUUGUGGAUGCAACGUCAACGCGUUUUGAGACGUUUACUCAAAAAAUAUAGGGAUAACAAAAAAAUUGAUCGUCACUUGUACCAUGACCUGUACAUGAAGUGCAAGGGUAAUGUUUUCAAAAACAAACGUGUACUGAUGGAAUACAUUCACAAAAAGAAGGCAGAGAAGCAGCGCAGUAAAAUGCUUGCAGAUCAAGCAGAGGCCAGACGACAUAAAGUACGUGAGGCCAGAAAACGCCGCGAAGAAAGAAUUGCAGCAAAAAAGCAGGAACUUUCCAAAUUGCACGCUAAAGAAGAUGAGGUAGCGGCACAAGCCGCAACAACUGCUCCUAAGAAAUAAAACAAAAUAUGCUAGAAUGGUAUAUUAAAUGUUUUUAUUGAACUAAA